AUGUUACAAGGCGUGACAUUUUGCGUGAGCGAGACGCUCAGUCCCGCGCGCGGAGAAAAGGCACGCGAUGCCCUCUUGCGCCAUGGCGCCACCGAGUUCCGAUUAGAGAGAGACACGGACGCGAGCGCAUUUACGCGCAGCGUCACCCACUUUAUCACCGACACGACAAACGUGCUCGCAGCGCAAUGGUGCGAGCGCGUGGAUACCAAUGCACUUGUGGAGCGUGCACAGACAAGUGCAUGUGCCGUGACGCCCGAGUGGGUCGAGCGCUCCAUUGCGCGCAAGGCACGUCAGCCCGAGGCGCUCUUCAGCGCCGAUCCCAGCAUGAUUUUCUCCGGCGUCGUCGUGUGCUGCUCGGCCAUGCCACCACACGACCAGGAAGUGAUUGCGUCGGCCGUGACGUCGCUGGGCGGUGCAUGCAAAUGCACGCUGUGUGAGGAAGUCACACACCUCGUCACCACCACGCGCGACGGCGCAAAAGUGCGUGCGCUCGAGGAGCAUCCACAUAUACCCAUUCUUGUUGUUGCGCCGCACUGGAUCAAUGACAGUUUUGGCCUUAACCGGAGGCUUCCGCUGGACGAGUACUUGUUUGAUAUGCAGACGCCGGGCUCGAUUCCUGUUUGUAUGCGCGCGUCGUGGGAUCGUGUAGAGACGCGGCCUGCGGCGCCGACACAGUCGCCAAGUGGCGACCGAGGCGCUGUGCUUGCCAACAAAACGGUGUUAUUUGCGCGCGACACGCACGGCGGGACGUUUGAGACGGAUCCGGGUCUGCAUUCGCUGCACGACAGAGUCGAAAGUGCGGGCGGGCGGUGCCUCGCUUCAUUCACCGACGACGCCCACGUCGAGGCGCGUGUCGCAGAGGCCGAUAUUGUGAUUGCGCGCGUGCGCGAGAGCCCUGAAGUGUGUGCGGCAAUGCGUGCGUACAAAACGGUGGGCACGCUGCCUUGGCUGAUUUCCGUGCUUACAAGCGGCAAAAUGAGCUCGCCGCGCGAUCGACUGCUCGACUUUCCGUGUCCGGCCCAGCCUGUGGAUGGAUUUGAGCACCUGGACAUUACCAUUACAAACUACACGGGCAAGGCACGCGCCUACUUGCGCGAGCUCAUCACCAAGAUGGGCGGUAACUUUACGCCGUACAUGACAGAUAAGCACGAUGUGUGCGUCGCACUGGAGCCAAAAGGCGAUAAGGCGGCCAAGGCGCGCGAGUGGAAUAUUCCCGUGGUGAACCAUACGUGGCUCGAGACGUGCUUUGCGACGUGGACUAUGCACACCAUGGCACAGCACCAAUUUAUCACGUUCCCUGGCGCGCACCGUUUGAAUGCGGUGGUCGGCAAAGCCGGGAUUCCGGACUCGGUGCUUGCGCCUUGGCUGGAGCGCGAUGUGGUGCCUGGGCACAUGUUGCAGCCGACAGUAGAGAACAUGUCGCAGGCAACGCCAGAGCCAGAGCCAGAGCCAGAGCCAGAGCCAGAGCCAGAGCCAGAGCCAGAGCCAGAGCCAGAGCCAGAGCCGCCGACAGUAGAGAACAUGUCGCAGGCAACACCAGAGCCAGAGCCUAAGCCAGAAAAAGAGCCAGAAGAAGUGUUGCAUGCGCGAGAGAUGGAGGAGCGUGAGGCACUCCAAACAAGGGCCCGGCCUGUCGCGAAAGAUGCACAGCGCCCUCCUGACCCCUCGCCGCACGAAACGCCCCCUUCUACGCGCGCAAAUACCCCCAAGCGCAAAUCCGAUACCACACCCACUCCUAACGCUGCGCGCAAGCGCAAAAGUACAAUACCCGUCAUUGCCACCACAUCUGUCGACUUGGACGAGCCGAUGCUUGCAACGCUAGACGCCUUGCACAUCCGACGCACAGACAAGGUGGAAGAAGCGACACACCUCGUCGCCAAAUCCCUCACACGCACGGAAAAAAUGCUGUGUGCCAUUGCGCACGGCACUGUCCAGAUCGUGAAUGUAGGAUGGCUCGAGGCCAUGACAAAGCAGCAGGCAAUUGUCGACGCUGCGCCGUUUGCGCUGCACGACCAUGCAAAAGAAAAGCGCUGGGACAUGUCCUUGAGCACGUCCCUCGCCAAGAGCCACGCGAAUCCCGGCAAGCAGUUCGAGGGCCACACCUUUUACAUCACACGCAACGUUCAGCCCGCCAAGGACAUUUUACAGCGUGUGAUCGAGGCCAGCGGCGGCAAAGCCGCGAACGCGUCGAGUGUCACUGCACGCAACCUCCUCAAGGAGCCCACGCGUCUGCAUGUCAUUGGAGCGCGCGCCGAUACCCAGCAAUUGCUGGCGCUACAGGAGCAGUAUGUCAAGCAAGCCGCGACGCACGAUCCCCCCCUGCAUUUCUGGACGCCCGAGCUGAUCCUCUCGGGGGUAUUGCGCCAGGAACUGCGUUGGGACCCAGUAUUUCAGCUUGCGCUGUAG